GGCGGAAGGGCGGCGGUGCGCGUGCGCGCCGGCCGUGCCCGCGGGCGCAGGAGGGCGCGGGGGAUGUCGGCCACGUGCGCCGUGUCCCAGAAAGCGCCGCUGCCGAGGCCGCGUCCCCAGGGCGAGAGGGAGCCGCCCGCCAAGGUGAUGCGCAAGGGGCUGCGGCGAGGCCGCGAGGAGGAGCGGGAGCAGCUGCCGUGGCCGGGAGAGAGCGGGAGCAGCAUGGGCGCGGAGGCUGAGGCGGAGCGGGCGGCACCGCUGAGCGACGAGGGGCGGAGGCGGCAGCCUCUGGAGCCGAGGGCGCCGACGACGGCGUCGGCCAGGGCGGUGGAGGAGGAGGAACGUCUGGAGCGGGAGCAUUUUCGGAGGAUCAUCAACGCUUUCCGAUACUACGGAACGAAUAUGCAUGAACGAGUGAACAGAACAGAGAGGCAGUUUAAGUCUCUCCCAGCUAACCAGCAGAGUCUUCUUCCUCAAUUUCUUCCUCACCUUGACAAGAUUCGGAAGUGCAUUGAUCAUAAUCAAGAAGUACUACAAACCAUUGUGAAUGACUGUGUUCAUAUGUUUGAAAAUAAGGAAUACGGAGAAGAUGGAAGUGGGAAGAUUACACCAGCUUCAACAUUUGACAUGGAUAAAUUAAAGUCCACAUUGAAACAAUUUGUGAGAGACUGGAGUGAAGAGGGAAAGUCUGAGAGGGAUUCCUGCUACCAGCCAAUUAUUAGUGAAAUUAUAAAGAACUUUCCAAAAGAAAAAUGGGAUUUCUCCAAAGUUAAUAUCCUGGUACCUGGUGCUGGGCUAGGUAGAUUGGCGUGGGAAAUAGCUAUGCUCGGUUAUGCUUGCCAAGGAAAUGAAUGGAGCCUCUUUAUGCUCUUUUCUUCUAACUUUGUACUCAACAGAUGCUCUCGAAUUAAUUCAUGUAAGCUUUAUCCCUGGAUUCAUCAAUUUAGUAAUAACAGAAGAUCUGCUGAUCAGAUACGACCAAUUUAUUUCCCAGAUGUUGAUCCUCACAGUCUUCCUUCUGGUUCAAACUUCUCUAUGACAGCAGGGGAUUUUCAGGAAAUUUAUUCUGAGUGCAAUACGUGGGACUGUGUAGCUACUUGCUUUUUCAUAGAUACAGCACAUAAUGUUAUUGAUUAUAUUGAUACUAUAUGGAAAAUACUAAAGCCUGGAGGAAUAUGGAUAAAUGUAGGUCCUCUCCUUUACCAUUUCGAAAACUUGGGAAAUGAACUUUCCAUAGAAUUAAGCUAUGAGGAUAUAAAAAAUGUUAUCUUGCAAUAUGGAUUCCAUAUAGAGGUGGAGAAAGAAUCUGUACUGUCAACUUACACUGUGAAUGAACUCUCCAUGAUGAAAUACUACUAUGAAUGUGUGUUGUUUGUGGUGAGAAAACCAGAAUAGGAGUGGUUUGAAUAGGUUAAUGAGAAAAUAAUAUUAGCUUGAAAGCUAGAAAUGAGAAUAAAAUCAUCUGGUGAUGUAUGGACAUAACCUCAAAUCCGUGGUGCCUUCUUGUUCCUAAGAGGAUAUAGAUAGUGUCUAUUUUCUUAAUAACUCUAUUGCUAUUCAGACAUAUACUAUGCCAUGGAUAUUCAUAAUACACUUGUGAAAGAUUAAAUGUUCACAUGCACUGUCUUUGUGCUUUGGAAUGCAUUAAUAUAAAAACAAAAGUGUUUUCUUGAGAAUAAAAUUUAAUGUUUGCCAUAACUAGGCUAAUUGUCUGCUAAUGCUGCCUCAUUUUCAUAGAGUUACAGUGCUUUUUUCCCUACUUGAUGAUAUUAGGAAUGCAUGGAGGUGCUUACUGUACUAGCUGUAUCACUUUUAGAGAAGUAUUUGUAAAUGUAUACUUAAAUUAUGAAGUCUGAAAUAGUUGGGAAGUGGUAAAAUUAUUCUUGACAGAUAAAAUAGUCAUCAGAACUGUUAGAGCAUUUCCUGUGCAACUGAAGUAAAAUAGAAUAUGAUACAAAUUCUUAUCUUUGGCUGUACCACUUUUAAAGGUUUAACCAAAAACCAGGAAAUUAAAAAUGCUGUGUGAAAGCAGAACAGUGAGUGAAGAAAAAACAGACUAUCACAGAGAAGCAGUGUUAACCUCAGUUCAGGAAAACACCGGUCUGGAUUAAUCUUAGUGUUGGAACUGAAAUGUGUUAGAUGCUUUGCCUUCUUGAAAUAACACUGAUUUUGAGUCAUCUUCUUAGUGUUUAAGCCAGAACUUUUAAAGUUAAUAAACAUAGCUGAGUUAUCCAUGCCACAUGUAGGUAGUACAACAUAAAAAUACCUGUCAGAGCAGUGAAGUUACAGGUAAAUAUGUGCUAUAACCUAAUUACUUCCACCUGAGCCAGGAUAUGCAGGCCAGAUAGACAAUUUCCUUGUAACUUCAGACACCUUACGCUUGUGAUGUCUUGGUUCCUCCUAAUAAUGUGGUUUUUUCCCACCUAAUAUAUGUGGCUUAGGUGAAUAUUUAAUCUACAAGUCAUGAUACUAUACAAGAAGCUGUCAUGUCACAUACAAUCUCAUGUCACUUUGAAGUUAUGUAAGAAAUGAGAAAAAACAUAAUUAACAGUUACUAGUCCGAGAUGAGGUGUCAUGUUAAGCAUUCUGUUUGCGUAAUAUAUUGAUUACCGUAAGUGCCAUUUGGAUGCAUUUUCAAAAAUACAUUUAAAAUAUAAAACCAUUAUGAUGAGGGCUGAUUUUUUUUUUCCUUCUUUGGCUAAAAGGACACUGGUCAGUAUGUGGUUUGUUUCCAAUUACUUUUUGUCCUGUCUUUCAUGGUGAUGUCCUAAUCGCAUCUCUUUAAUAGAUCUGUUACAGGCUUUUCAGUUUUUCUAAUCAAGGCCAGAAAUUUGUGUCUUUAUUCCUAAAUUGAAAAUCUGCAAGGAGGGAAAACAAACUUUUUAAAAAAAAUAUUUUCAACACUGAGUAAGAGAGCGCGUGCUUGUAUAUGUUUCAGUAUUACGCUCCCUUCUGCUCAGAAUCCUGAUUGAGAACAGAGGCUACUGGUCUACGGAAGUUUUUAAGUUUGGCUUAAACUACUGUUCUUUGAACUCUCUUAUUUCUAAAAGUGCAUGAACUGUCAAAGUUCUUCCCUGUUCCAAGGGAGAUGUGUUUAAAGAUUAAACACUGCUAUUCAGCGAAUAAUUUAAAAGUACUUUGUAACUAAACGUAAUAAACCACAUGUUUUAAUUUCCAAAUCUGUCAUGGUUUGACAGGAAGGUGUAUUUGGGAAGGGGUAUUUUCAUGGGGGUGCUGGCAUUGCGCCAGCGUCAAACUGUGACAGCAUCGUACUAUUUAAUUUUUGAGAAAAUUUGUGAUUCUUUGCUUUCAUUAUGCUUUUUUUCUCUUAGAUAGAAUAUGAUUAGUAAUUUAGUUGAUUUUCAAGCUUCUUGAAAUAAGGCAGAGGUUAGUUGAAUGUCAAUGAAGCUGAUGCUGAGUAGCAUAUCUAUCUCUAAUACUACCCAGUUACUGCCCCUUACACAGUCUGUAACUUGAAAUGUGCUGUUCUGUUUUUCAAAAAAAAAGCAAUGGAACUCUUCAUUUAUGGUUAAGUGUCAAUAUCCUGUGUUCUGGUGGUUUUUUUUCCAUGUUUUUUUCAUGUUGUCAUAGAUGCCAUUUUUGUAUGUUCUCUGACAAUAUUUUUAUAUAUGGUAUAAUACAGCGAUGCGCUUCUAUUUCUGAUCUAGAAAAUGCUGGGUUUUUUUUCCAGAGCAUUCUGCUUUUAAAUUGCAACAGUCACAUUAAGAGUUGGAAGCAAAAUAAUCUUGUGAAUGAGCUGUCAGUCACAUUAAGAGUUGGAAGCAAAAUAAUCUUGUGAAUGAGCUGUCAGUAGUGUUUUAUCUUCAGUCCCAUUUUUGAGUUCUUAGAAUUCACCACUUGUACAGGGAUAAUUGUGUACACCACCUGUACACAAUGCACAGGGAUAAUUGUGUAUUAGAGAAUUUGAUCAUUGUUUUAUUUAGUUUUAUAUGCAGGAGGAAAUGCUCCAGGUGUUCAUCAGCUAAGACUGUUUUAUUUUAGAUCACUAUUAAACUAUACAUGGUAACAAGUGUAAAAUAAAAUGCUGCAUAAUCUUCAGCAUAAAACUUCUUUAUAUGGAGUUUGAUAAGUGUGAAGUGUCCUGUAUUUUUUUUCAAUGUGUUACAUUCUAAAAUUGGUUGCAAAGAUGGUAAGAAUGGGAAGUUUCAUGUCUCUGUGUGCACUUCCCACAGUUUUCAGUGUGUGUAAUUGUGAAAAAUGCAUAUGAUUUGCAAAUAUUAAAAUGAAUACUACAUGUGUUAUGUUGGAAAGUUAUGCUGUAUUAAUCUCUUUUAAGUAGUGUGGUAAGUAUAGUUUUUAGGCUAUAGCAUAAUAUUAAAAUAGAAACUAUGUGAUGUAAGAUACUUUUUUGUAACUAGCUCAAGGAAUGGAAAAGAUAAUCAAGAAAUUCUUUGCAUUAUCCUAUUUGGAUAUAGAUAACAGCAGCAAGACACCAAAAUCUCAAGAGAAGAAUUAUUGCCUCCUUAUCAGGACUAUUCAGACUUUUUCCAGACUUCAAAGAGCCAAAAGAAUUGAUUUACAAGAUUGGGGGCGGGGGGGGGGGGCAGAAAUUAAGCAGAAGACAUCCUUUGUUUGAAAAGACUAUUUGCAUUAUGUAUGAGAUCUAUGAAUAUGCAACAGGCUAUUGCUUUUAAGGGUUAAUCCUUUGUUAGUGAAGUGUGUUUCUAUUUAUGAUAGUAAUGCAAUGAUUGACUCUCACAAUUAACAGACAAAUAUCAUGUAUAUUGGUUAAGAAAAGUUUUAUAGAUUUAUAGUUAUGUUUUACCCCCUCGCGUUGUUAUCAGAGACAGCCGGGGUUGGGACAACUGGGAGGGUUGGCUUGUCACUGUGGCGACAUGUGACCUCCCAUCAGGAUAUGAGGAACUCAUCUCCACCACUGGACAGCAAAGAACAUUGGGAGGGGGUUAAAGGGUUAAAAGGCGAAACCUCCAUUGUGUGGGCGAGCACAUGGUGGGGAUAAUCCAUUGCUCUCGGCGCUGUAACAUUUUCUCUAUUCAGUCUUCUGUUGUAUUUUUGAUACGGUUUAAUAAAUCUUUCUAAAAUUA